GCGCUGUGGUAAUUUUCUUCUACUGGACCGCCAGACCACUGAAGGAAUAAACACUGGAGCCCUCGAUGGAAACGAUGAUGAUGAGUAUGGAGGUGCAGGUGGACGUGAGCUGCUGUAAAUCAGUAGGAACUGAUCUGUCCAUGCUGGAUAUUGAGGAUUUCCUUAGUCAAAUCUGUCAGUUGAAGAAAGAGGUGGCGUCGCUGGAGGCCAAGCUAAGAGAAAGAGGAGAGAAACUCCAGCCAGAGCAUCAGGAUUCGAUGUGCGGCGUCAGAGCUCAGAGAUUCAGAGACACACAGAACUCAGAUCUCAGCCUGACUUUACUCUGUUAUACUGACGCUCAGGAUCAUCAGAGCUCUGAGCCAAACGCUGGAGAACAGCAGACCACACUGAAGAUGUGCUCCAUCAGACUGGAGGACUGCAGGAACCUGAUACAGAGAACUGAAAACAUCACAGAAGAAGAAGAAGACCAGAGAGACCAGGAGGAGGAUGAUGGUGAUAAUGAUGAAAAUGGAAAAGAUGAUGAUGAUGAUAAUGAUGAUGAGGACAAUAAUGAUGAUGAAUUUAUUCCUGCAGAUGACAACAUUGGAUCGUCUGAUGAAGAAGCGCCUUUAACUUCAAAAGAUAAGCGGAAGUCCAAGAAAAGUUUCUCUUGCACCUCCUGUGGAAAAGCAUUCGCCUGUCAAAGGUUUUUAUUGUUUCACGAAAAAAAACACUCAGAUCCGAAGGCCUCUGUCUGCUGGAGAUGUCUUAAGAUUUUUCCUACAUUACAGGAGAGAAAACUUCACCAGAAAGAGCAUCUGGCAAAGAAGGAGUUUCACUGUGAACAGUGCGGGAAGGACUUUUUAUCUUUUAGUCAGCUAAAAGGUCACUUGAAGACACACAGUGGUGAACAGCGUGUCCAGUGUGACGUAUGCAACAAAUCAUUCUGCAAUAAACAGACCCUGGAGGUUCAUAAGAGAAUCCACACAGGCGAGCGGCCGUAUAAAUGCCCUCACUGCAACAAGAGUUUUAAUUACAAAGCCGCCAUGAAGAACCACAUCCGCAUUCACACCAACGAGAGGCCGUUCCAGUGCAGCGAGUGCGGAAAAGCCUUCAAAACCAACUACACUCUAAGCUGCCAUCUAAAAUUCCACUCUGAGGAAAAACCGCUUCAGUGCAAAUACUGCAACAAGCGAUUCCGGCAGAAAGCACAACUGAAUGUCCAUGAGAGGAUUCACACCGGAGAGAAACCGUACCUGUGCGCCGAAUGCGGGAAGAGAGUUAAAUCUUCUACUGAGAUGGUUUAUCACCAGAGACACCACACUGGAGAAAAACCGUACCUGUGCAAAAUCUGUGGGCGGAGUUUCAAUAAAACAAGCAUCUUAAAAAACCACAUGAGGACUCACACUGGAGAUAGACCCUAUAAGUGUUCACACUGCGACAAGACGUUUGCGCGACUUGAUGUGAUGAAGACCCACGAGAGGGUUCAUACUGGAGAGAAACCGUACCGCUGCUCCAUCUGCGGAGAGAGGUUUGCGUAUUUAGGAAGUUUUCUGAGCCACCAGAAGAAACAUGGAGGAGAAUGAGUGGAUGAGCAGAUCAGCGUAUGAUGGAGAAUUGAGCACUGAGUGUUUCUGGCUGCAUUUCUCAACCCUAGUCCUCACUCUCCACCGCUCUGCCUAUUUUGAUCCUUUGAAAAAAAGACAGCAUUUACUGCUAUAGUACGGGUAAAAGCAGGCCUUAAAUUGUGCCGGUACACUCCGGAUCCAGCACCUCUGAAAUUUGAUCUGGCACCUCAUUUUAACGAUCCUCCUUCUCAACCGCCCUACUCCCCUGUUCACUGUUACUAUAGUCCCGACUCCCCAACCAUCUUCACUUUCAUCCGCGACAACCCUCCGCUUUUCACUUCCGUUCUUCGUCCAUGACACCUCUCCGCCAACGCCCCCCCUGCUCUCCACUUUCGUGCUCGACACUUUUUCAGUUUAGUUCACCUUUAUUUGUAUAGCGCUUUUACUAUGUAGAUUGUGUCAAAGCAGCUUCACAUAGAAGAUCAUAGUAAAUUAAAACCGUGUCAGUCCAGUUUUCAGUGUUAAGGGGGCUGUCACACUAGCACUUUAGGUCCGCACCCAGGUUCGUUUGACUGUCUGUCUGUCUGUCUCAGUCACUUUCGUACUUUAGUGACAAGCGGGGCUGAGCCACGGCAAACACAGUGAUACACAGUGCUGUCUGAUUUUCUCCUCCAAAAACAGCUUCUGGACUGUGUGGUGUUCUGAAUGUUUAUAAUAUUUUUGUGGCAGAUGUAAAACAUAUGCUGGAUAAGUAAAACAAAUGCUGGAUAAGUUGUCGGUUCAUUUCGCUGUGGCCAUCCCUUAUGAAUAAAGGGACUAAACUGAAGAAAAAUCAAUGAAUGUUUAUUACAGUGGUGGUUCAAUCUGUUUGACAUGGUCAUUUGAGCAGCCAGUAAAUACACAUCUAUUCAUCCACUAUCAAAGUAUUGUAAAGUGUGAUAUUUUGCCAUGGUAAAGUAAAUAAAAUAAAAGUGUUGCCUCGUUCAAAUAAAGAUUUUAAAAUGAAAACUAAGCGUCAUUAGUCAAACAAUUAUAUGUUCAAUGAUUAUGAGCCUCCUGUGUGUGAUUUGCAUAAACAGCGGUUAUAUAUAUUAACAGCCUUUUCAUUUAAUUUAUUUUCUCUUAAAUUUGCAAGUUAUGAUAAGGGCUACUUUCAGCCUUAAAAAGAUAUAUUGUGCAUAUAAGAUGGUGAAUUUGAGAAUGUCCUUUAGUGACUACGUAAGCUGAGGUUUGGUGCAUGUGUCGCUGUUUAAGUGGAGAUUUUCAGCUCUGGAGAAAAAUAACUGACUCAGAAAACGGCGGGUAAACUUUCAAAUUUUGUAUCAACAUUCAUCCAAGUGGACCUGUUCAGCUCUUACUUGGUAAUUUCAAAUAUCAAAUAUUUUACAUACUAAUCAGUUAAGUAUAAAAGGUAUGAAAAUUAUAGACAAUAAAUUUAAUUACUUGCAAUAAAAAGUUAUGCAGAACCACAUUUUUGCCUAAAUGCAAAUUUUUUUUAAAUUCUUUUU